AUGUGCAGAACUGAUGCACUUGACUUCACUACUUACCGCUCCUCUGCAUACUUGAGCCCUCAAGCAUCUGGCGAGAAUCUCCUUAUUGGUGCUAAUUUUGCUACCGCUGGUGCUGGCUACGAUGACAAACCAUCCAUCCUCAACGAGUUGUAUGGGCAAGGAGCAAGAAGAAUUGGGGUGACUUCAUUGCCACCAUUGGGCUGUCUCCCAGCUGUUAAAACAUUGUUUGGAUUUCAUAAGAGUGGAUGUAUCUCAAGAAUCAAUAGAGAUGCCCAACACUUCAACAAAAAGAUGAAUUCAUCUGCAACCAAAUUGCGAAAGCAACUUCCUGGCCUUAAAAUUGCUAGAUUUGACGUUUUCCAGCCCAUAUAUGACCUCGUGAAAUCUCCAUCAGAUCAUCGAUUCGCGGUAGCUAAUCGAGCGUGCUGUGGGACUGGAAAAGUGGUGACAACAUCAUUCUUUUGCAACCCAAGUUUAGCAGAGGAGUCACCAACAAAUUUUACAAGACACAUCGAUACUGCAAGGCGGCCAACACAGCAGAUUAUAGUCAAGAUCACAUUACAUUACACAUUGCCGUGA